AUGCAUCUCUCCGAGACCGACGGCAUUGACUUACCCAAAUGUGGUGACAAAUGCUGUUCAUUAGGCUACACAUGUCAGGGCACCAUGUGCGCCAAAGACACCUCCCCAUCACCGACCCCAUCUCCAACAUCAUCCGCAAACGCAACGCCUUCCUCCACUAGCCCCGCCUCCGCAUCCCAGACUUCCAAUUGCCCAGCAACCGCACCCAUUCAAACAAAGCAGGGCUUCGACGGAAAGUCCUUUGCAGCCGGUUUCUUCCCUGGCAUAGUCAUCGGCGCCCUCAGCACCUUGGCCCUGAUCUGGAUCAUCAAGAAAAGACGCGAAUCCCAGUCUAAGGAGCGCUACUCUGGCGACUUUGGCCAUGUAGCUCGUCAAAUUAGCGACCCCAUCUACGACCCUCAACACGCUGCACGGACAGACUUCAUGCGUCGGGGCAGCCACUCCGCCCACUCAAGCCCCAAUUCAACAGACCGAAUAGUCCAAGGCAUGAAGGAAACAAACGCCAACCCACCUAUCCACGGCUUCACACCCAGGAUAAAAAGCAUGUGGGACCGCACUCCCAAACUAAACUUUGGGUUUACGGGUGGUCUCCCAUCAAAUCCCGCUCCCCCCGUCCGUGCAGGAAAUCCAUAUACCGAUCCUUACCAAACCCCGCCCCCGAAACCGAAACGCAUCCACUCUGCCAGUCGGCGCACGAGUUCCCUCCGUACGAGUACCCAGACAUUCAACACACUACAGCCAGGACAACACCGUCCCAAUGUGGCAAGGAGCGGCAGCUCAGAAACUAUCGAUGUCUUGAUGCCUGCACCGAGUUUCCUAGCUCCGCCACAGGCACCGGGUAUGCGGCGCGAUAAUCGCUACACAACCGACUCGGCCAACACAACAUUUACUAAACUCAUGGAGAGGGCGGGGUUUGAUGAGAGCGCGCAGCAGGAGGUCAAGGCGUGGAGGACGCCUCGGGCUUAG